AUGAUAAAUGAAAAUACAUUAAUAAAUGAAUGUUAAGAUAGUAUUACUGAUAAAUAAGUAUUUUAAAUAAAACAAUAAAUAUUAGCAUAUAAAUACAUGAUAAGAAAUAUCUAAUUACCAAGAGAUUUAGAAAAAAAUAUUAGUGGAUUAACAAAAGAAUAAUGGGAUGCUGAAGCUGAAAGAAUAAUGGGAAGAUCAUUAAGAUAUUAUAAUGAUAAAAUUGAUAAAAGCGAAGAAUUAAAAAAAUUAGUUAAUGAUAAAAUAAAGAAAAAAAAUACAGAAUAAAUUACAGCAUAAAAUGAAUUAGUAUUAAAGAUAUAUAAAGACUAAAAUAAAUUUCAAAUGGAAAAAAGAAAAAAAUCUAUAGAUGAGAUUUUAGAAGAAUAGUAAAUACUUUCAGAUGAAUGUAAAUAUUAAUUAAUGUCAGAAAAACUUUGGAUAAAUAAUUUUGAUUUUUAUAAAUAAAUGUAGGAAACAAUUCUUUUAAAAAAAUAAAAUAAACUUCCUUGCAGAAUUUUAGAAAAUAAAAUCUUAGAUAUUUAACAUUAUGUGAAAAAAAAACCAUAAAAGAAAAAUGAAUCUGAUAUUUUAUAUAAAUUUGAUAUUUAAUUCCGUUAAAAAUAAGAAAAAAGAAAAUAAUUAAAACAUCGUGAAUUUAUUUAAUAAUUAUUUAUACAUUAAAGCCAUUUUUUUGAGUUUCAUAAAAAAGUUAAAAAACAAUAAAAAAAAAGGGCUAAUAAUGCUCGAAAUUUUCUUGAAAAUCUUUAAAUAAGAAUAUAAUAGUAAAAAGAAAAAGAAGCUAGGGAAAGAGUUUAAGUUUUGAAAUCGAAAGAUAUGGAAGGCUAUAUUGAAUUAAUUAAAAAUAUGAAACAUACUAGAAUACUUGAUCUUUUGAAAUAAACAGAUAAUUUUUUGAGAGAAUUAGGAGCUAAAAUUAAAGAAUAAAAAGGUGAUAAAUAAAAUGAAUACGAUGACGAAGAUUUAAAAUUCGGAUAACAAAGUAAUAAUUAUGCAGCCGAUUUAUAAAAAUCAAACAGAGUUUAUUAUAACUUAAGUCAUAGAAUUAAAGAAAAUAUUGAUUAAUAACCUGAAUUACUUGAAGGUGGAAAAUUAAAAAGUUAUUAAUUAUUAGGUUUAAAAUGGCUAAUAUCUCUUUAUAAUAAUAAACUCAAUGGAAUAUUGGCUGAUGAGAUGGGUUUAGGAAAAACUAUAUAAACUAUAUCCUUAUUUGCUUAUUUAAUUGAAAUGAAAAAAAAUAAUGGACCUUUUUUGGUUGUUGUACCAUUAUCUACUUUAAGUAAUUGGGUUUUAGAAUUUGAUAAAUGGGCACCUAAGAUUAAAAAAAUUGCCUAUAAAGGAUAACCUUAAGUAAGAAAAGAAAUUGCAAAAGAACUAAAAACUACAAAAUGGAACGUAUGUAUUACUACUUAUGAUUAUGUUUUAAAAGAUAGAUUAACUUUACAUAAAUUUGAUUGGAAAUAUAUUGUUGUUGAUGAAGGACAUCGAAUGAAAAAUUCAAGAAGUAAAUUUACAAGUAUUCUAGGUUAAUAGUAUUUUAGUGAUUAUAGACUUUUAUUAACAGGUACUCCUUUAUAAAAUAAUCUUGCAGAAUUAUGGUCUUUGCUUAAUUUUUUAUUACCAAAAGUCUUUUCUAGUUGUGAUGAUUUCGAGAAAUGGUUUUCUAUGCCUUUAGCUAAAUUCGGAAGUAACGAAAAAGAAUCGUCUUUAACAGAAGAAGAAAUCUUUUAAUUAUUAAUCGUUUACAUUAAGUUUUAAGACCUUUUCUAUUAAGAAGAGUGA